AUGCAGGAUUUCACGGCGAACGAAGCGCACCUCUCCACAUUGGACCAGAUAUCUCCCCAAGCCUACACUCGCUUCAUCCUUUGCUUCGGACUUGACUCCGGUUCUCCUCAUGAUGAAGCUACACAGAGCCUGCGCCACGGUUUGGAAGCUACAGCAAUUCAAAUUCCAGCCUUGAAAAGCCUCGUCGUUUCGGUGACCGACUCCAGAGGAAGGGAGACCAAAGACCUCCGUCAACAAGAUGUCACUAUGUUCACUGUCAAAGACCUCACGACCAGUAGGCUGGACUUUGGCGAGAUUCGAUCACAAGGCUUCCCCAGCCAGGUCUUCGAUGCCAAAAUGCUAUGCGCAACCGGUGUCUUUGUAGUCCCGGGAUCUCCGGUGCCAACGUUUCUAGCGCAGGCCAAUCUCAUCGCUGGAGGUUUGCUACUCGGUCUGUCCGUCUGGCAUGGAGCUUUUGACGGAACAGCUAUCACUACAAUACUUAGAUUGUGGGCGCAAAAUUGCCGCGCCACAAAAGAUCCGGUAAACGAUAGCAUUGACACCUUCACCCUGUCUGCCGCCGCUUUCGACAAUUCGCGCCUGUCGAAAGUCUCUGUCCUCCAAAGAGGGUCAGUAGAGGACCAUCCCGAGUUCCUCCUACUACCCGAAGCACCAACCGCCUUACCGCCAGGCUUGACUCAGACUUUGAAGACUCAGAUCUUUCACAUCUCUCCUGCUUCUAUUUCAGCCCUCAAAGACCUCGCGAACCCUCGGCACUCCUUGUCGCCCCAAACAGAGUACAGCUGGAUCUCCACCAAUACCGCCAUCAGUGCUCUCCUCUGGCGAUCCGUCAUGUUUGCCACGUACGGUCACGAACGCCCUGUUACGGAUUCAGUAUCCAUGUUCAGCUUGCCGCUCAAUGCGCGCACAAGGAUGGAUCCACCUCUAUCACCAGAUCUCCUCGCGAGCGCAUGGUGCUUUCAAGAUUCUAGACUCCCAGUCAACGCUCUUCUUGAGGCCAAUCUCGCCGACAUCGCGCUCAUUGUACGCAGAGGUACUGACAGGGUCGACGCAAGUUACAUUGAUUCGCUGAUCAACAUGAUCGAUAGCGUGCCGAAUCCAUCUCUGUUGACGCCAUUGGUUUUCACGGAUGUUUUGAAGACGUGUUCGAUCUCUACUUCGUGGGCCGGGUUUGCGAUGUACGAUUUCGACUGGGGGAACGCGCUGGGUGGAACGUGCGAGAGGGUGAGGACUGUAGCUAGUGGUAUGUUUAAUGGUAUGCAAGUUGUGCUUCCGGAGUUGACGAAAGAGAUGGGUGGGGGGUUGGAGAUUGUGGUUGGGUUGGAGGAUGACGCGAUGGAGCGGCUGAAGAGGGAUGAGGUUUGGAUGAAGUUUGCGCGGUUACCGUGA